AUGACCACCUCGAUACUGUCCCCCGGCUCGCACUACUUCCAAUCGGAUGGACUACAGCUCCACUAUGCAGUCCGCGGCCAAGGGCCCCUCGCGGUUCUCCAAAGCGUCGGCUGGGGUCUGUCGGGUGCGUAUCUCUGGAAUGGCCUUGGGCCCCAUCUGGAGAGAAAGCGCACCGUGGUGUACCUUGAGCCACGAGGCAACGGUGAUUCGGAGAAACCCGCUAACGCCUCUACAAUGACGGCCAAGACCAUGAUGGAUGACCUUGACAGACUGCGAGUCCACCUCGGUCUGGAAGCAUACCCAACGCUCAUGGGCCACUCGCACGGCGGCGCCAUCGCUCUGGGGUACGCCCAACGCUUCCCCGAGCGAGUGUGCAAGCUUGCGAAUCUAGACUACGCCGCCUGCCUGUCCAAGAUGGGCGAAGUCUUUGCCGCCGGGGGCUCACAAUCGGAUGAAAACUUCCUGGACGAUCUGUCGACCAUGGUCAACUGGCACUUCUCGGAUGUGUCCAAGGCGUAUCUUCUCCUGAGAGACAUUGCUGGAAUCGCGCAUCCGGUUGUCGCAUCAGCCUUCCAGACGAACCAAAAUGACGCCCUGGAGAGAAACAAGCUGCUGCACAUUGCGGAAGCUGGACGUGUUCAGGCGAAGACCCUCCUGCUCUUGGGUGAGGAGGACACGUCUUGCCCUCCAGAGGACAGCCAAGCUGUGGCAGAGGCCAUGCAGGAUGCUAGGAUUGUCGUGAUCCCAUCAGUUGGUCAUUUCGCGUGGUAUGAGGCCCUCGAGCCUUUUUGGGGGACACUUCUCCCCUUCUUAGACGAGUAA